AUGAAUGGGAACGCUUCAGAACAGACGGUUCAUGACAGAAUAAACCUCGCCAGACUUGUUCGAAGACUAGAGAAGACAGUUGCCUCCGAGGACUGGACCGACGACCGUUUACCUGCCACAUGGAUAAAGACUCGCGGCACAUUGCAGAAAUUAAGACAUGCCCGCAAGUUACUGAAGAACGUGGAGCUAAGCGAGGAUUUCGACAAUGCCGCUAUGUUUCAGCGGUAUGAGGAUAUGCGACAGACUUUAGACCGUCUCGAGAACACGGUCUUGGAAGUGGACAAGCGCGUCUCACCUAAAGCAAUACGUCCGGAAGCCAUCUUACCAUCAUUAUCUAUUCCCUCGGCACCUACAGAUGUAUCCCGUCUGAGCUUGGAGCCGAUGCAGCCACAGUUCUCACCAGGUCUAUCAAGCGAACUUGCAGUACCUCCUCUCUCUGCGCAAGACUUGCUUUUGUCCCCAUCUAACGAGCCUGUACUAUAUCAUCCUCCAAUUGGUCUUUCGGCUAUCCCUCUCCCACCUUAUUUCGUACCUACACCCACUCCAGCGAAACCUACCCCGAGCACGUCCAAACCCACAGCAACCCCUGCAUUCCUCCAGAAUUCCGCCGCGGUGCACGAAGAACUCUCCACACAGCUCGCACAGAUGGUGACACAACUUAAGCGAAAUGCGCUGCACUUCUCCGGCUCACUCGAGGCAGACAAGGCCAUCGUAGUUGCCGCACAGGAGAAGAUCGAGCGCAACCACGAAGUUAUGACCAGGGAGCGCGGGCAUUUGAGGGUCGUAGGAGGCAAGACUUUGAGUACAACGUGGAUCGUGAUCUCCAGUAUGGUAGUGUGGAGUUUGGCUUAG